GUGUUCAAGAUGAGUGGGAUGGGAGAAAAUACCUCUGACCCAUCCAGGGCAGAGUCAAGAAAGCGCAAGGAUCCUGAUCAGCUUGGACCCAGCCCUAAGAGAAGCACUGAGAAACGCAAUCGUGAGCAAGAGAAUAAAUACAUAGAAGAACUUGCAGAGCUGAUUUUUGCGAAUUUUAAUGAUAUUGACAACUUUAACUUUAAACCUGACAAAUGUGCAAUCUUGAAAGAAACUGUGAAGCAAAUUCGUCAGAUAAAAGAACAAGAAAAAGCAGCAGCAGCUAAUGAAGAUGAAGUGCAAAAAGCAGAUGUGUCAUCUACGGGUCAGAGUGUCAUCGACAAGGAUGCACUUGGACCAAUGAUGCUUGAGGCCCUGGAUGGGUUCUUCUUUGUAGUGAACCCAGAAGGUAACGUUGUGUUUGUUUCGGAGAAUGUGACGCAGUACUUAAGGUACAACCAAGAAGAGCUGAUGAACACAAGCAUAUAUAGCAUCCUGCAUGUAGGGGACCACAAUGAAUUUGUUAAAAUCCUGCUGCCCAAAUCUUUAGUGAAUGGGGGAUCUUGGUCUGGUGACACUCCUAGGCGUAAUAGCCAUACCUUCAACUGUCGGAUGCUUGUAAAACCGCUUGCUGAUUCUGAAGAAGGCCAUGAUAAUCAGGAAGCACAUCAGAAAUAUGAAACUAUGCAGUGCUUUGCUGUUUCUCAACCAAAUUCCUUCAAGGAGGACGGUGAAGAUUUGCAGUCUUGCUUGAUUUGUGUUGCAAGAAGAGCUCCGAUGAAGGAAAGGCCUCUUCUUCCUUCGUCAGAGAGCUUUACUACCCGCCAGGAUCUACAGGGCAAAAUAACUUCACUGGAUACUAGUAGCAUGCGAGCAGCUAUGAAACCUGGCUGGGAAGAUUUGGUGAGAAGAUGUAUUCAGAGGUUCCAUUCGCAGCAUGAGGGAGAAAUAUCUUUUGCCAAAAGGCACCACCAGGAAGUGCUGAGGCAGGGACUAGCAUUUAGUCCUGUUUAUCGGUUUUCCUUGUCGGAUGGCACUAUAGUUUCUGCCCAAACCAAGAGCAAACUCAUCCGUUCUCAGACUACUAGUGAACCUCAGCUCGUCAUCUCCUUGCAUAUGCUUCACAGAGAGCAGAAUGUCUGUGGAAUGAAUCAGGAUUUGACUGGACAAGGAAUGGGAAAGAUACUGAACCCAAUCAGCUCCAGCAGCCCUGCCCAUCAGGCCAUGUGCAGUGGGAACCCAGGUCAGGAUAUGACCAUCAGUAGCAAUAUGAAUUUUGCCAUAAAUGGCCCAAAGGAACAAAUGGGCAUGCCAGCAGGCAGAUUUGGUGGUGGUUCAGGGGGAAUGAACCAUGUAUCAAGCAUCCAAGCAUCCACUCCUCAGGGUAGUAACUAUGCACUAAAAAUGAAUAGCCCCUCUCAAAGCAGCCCCGGCAUGAACCCAGGGCAGCCAAACUCUAUGCUUUCCCCAAGGCAUCGUGUGAGCCCUGGAGUGGCAGGCAGUCCUCGAAUCCCACCUAGUCAGUUCUCCCCUGCAGGAAGCUUGCAUUCACCCGUGGGAGUUUGCAGCAGCACAGGAAAUAGCCAUAACUACACCAACAGUUCCCUGAAUGCCCUUCAGGCCCUCAGUGAGGGCCAUGGAGUUUCUCUAGGAUCGUCGUUGGCUUCACCUGACCUAAAAGUGGGAAAUUUACAAAAUUCCCCUGUGAAUAUGAACCCUCCCCAGUUAAGCAAGAUGGGAAGCCUGGACUCUAAAGACUGCUUUGGACUCUAUGGGGAGCAAUCAGAAGGUACAACUGGACAAACAGAGAGCAGCUGCCAUUCAGGAGAACAGAAAGAUAACAGUGAGAGCAGCGUGCCACCGGUAGUGAGUGGCGAGAGACCUGAUGGACAGAAUAAGCUGCAUGACGGAAAAAGCCAGACAAAGCUCUUACAGUUGCUGACCACCAAAUCAGAUCAGAUGGAGCCUUCGCCUUUGUCCAGUACUAUGGGAGAUAUCAGCAAGGACUCCACGGGAGGGUUGCCUGGGUCUGGUUCAGCACAUGGAACCUCACUCAAGGAGAAGCAUAAAAUUUUGCACAGACUAUUACAGGACAGUAGUUCUCCUGUAGAUUUGGCCAAGCUCACAGCAGAGGCCACAGGAAAAGAACUGAACCAGGAGUCCAGUAGCACAGCUCCUGGUUCAGAGGUGACUGUUAAACAGGAGCCAGUGAGUCCUAAGAAGAAUAAUAAUGCACUACUUCGCUACUUGCUAGAUAAAGAUGAUACUAAAGAUAUUGGUUUACCAGACAUACCCCCAAAACUGGAGCGGUUGGACAGUAAGACAGACCCUUCCGGUAGCACAAAGUUAAUACCUAUGAGGACGGAAAAAGAAGAGAUAAGCUUUGAGCCUAAUGAACAGCCAGGCAGCGAGUUGGAUAACUUGGAGGAGAUCCUGGAUGACCUACAGAACAGCCAGCUACCGCAGCUUUUCCCAGAGAGCCGCCCAGGCGCGCCGGCAGCCUCGGUCGACAAGCAAGCCAUCAUCAAUGACCUCAUGCAGCUCACCAGUGACAGCAGCCCCGGCACGGCUGUGGCCACCCAGAAACCAGCAAUGAGGAUUUCACAGAGCACUUUUAAUAACCCACGAGCAGGGCAACUGGGCAGGUUAUUACCAAACCAGAAUCUACCACUUGACAUCACACUGCAGAACCCAACAGGUGCAGGAGCCUUCCCACCCAUAAGGACAAGUAGCCCAUAUUCAGUGAUACCUCAGCCAGGACUGAUGGGCAGGAAUGAAGGGAUGAUAGGAAGUCAAGGAGCUUUGGGAAACAGUAGCACAGGAAUGAUCAGUGGUAGUGCCCCGCGACCUGCUAUGACAUCUGGAGAGUGGGGAAGCCAGGCUUCUGCUGUGAGGGUGACAUGCGCGCCCACCGCCAACGCCAUGAACAGGCCGGUGCAGGCAGGCCUGAUCCGCAAUCCCACAGCCAGCAUCCCCUUGAGACCUAGCAACCAGCCUGGCCCGAGGCAGAUGCUUCCAUCUCAGGUCAUGAAUAUGGGGCCAUCUGAGUUGGAGAUGAACAUUGGAGGACCUCAGUACAGCCAACAGCAGGCUCCUCCAAAUCAGACUGCACCAUGGCCAGACAGCAUCUUGCCUAUAGACCAGGCAACUUUUGGUGGUCAGAACAGGCAACCGUUUGGCAGCUCACCAGAUGAUCUCUUGUGUAAUCAUCCUUCAUCAGAAUCACCGAGUGAUGAAGGUGCUCUCCUGGAUCAGCUUUAUAUGGCAUUAAGAAACUUUGAUGGCUUAGAAGAAAUCGACAGAGCUCUGGGAAUACCAGAACUCGUUAGCCAGAGCCAGGCUGUGGACCCAGAGACUUUCCCCGGCCAGGACUCAAGCAUGCUGUUGGAGCAGAAGGCUCAGGUUUUCUCCCAGCAGUACACAGCUCAGGCUCAGAUGGCUCAGGGCAGCUACGCGCCCAUGCAGGACCCCAGCUUCCACGCCAUGGGGCAGCGCCCUGGCUACGCCGCCCUGCGCAUGCAGCCCCGGCCCGGCCUACGGCCCGCCAGUAUCAUCCAGAGCCAGCCCAACCAGCUGCGGCUCCAGCUGCAGCACCGUCUCCAGGCACAGCAGAAUCGGCAGCCACUGAUAAAUCAGAUCAGCAAUGUCUCCAAUAUGAACCUGUCUUUGAGGCCCGGGGUGCCAACGCAGGGCCCCAUCAACGCACAGAUGCUGGCACAGAGGCAACGGGAGAUCCUGAGCCAGCACCUGCGGCAGCGGCAGAUGCAGCAGCAGCAGCAGGUGCAGCAGCGGACACUGAUGAUGCGAGGGCAGGGCUUGAGCAUGACCCCCAGCAUGGUUGCUACUGGGGGCAUACCAGCAACUAUGAGCAACCCGCGGAUCCCACAGGCGAACACGCAGCAGUUCCCAUUUCCUCCAAACUAUGGAAUCAGUCAGCAGCCUGAUCCAGGCUUCACAGGGGCCACCACUCCUCAGAGUCCACUGAUGUCCCCAAGACUGGCUCAUACACAAAGCCCCAUGAUUCAGCAGACUCAGGCUAACCCUGCCUAUCAGUCCUCUACAGAGAUGAAUGGGUGGGCACAAGGGAAUAUGGGUGGAAACAGCAUGUUUUCACAACAGUCCCCACCACAUUUUGGGCAGCAAGCAAGCACCAGCAUGUACAAUAAUAACAUGAACAUCAAUGUAUCCAUGGCAACCAACACAAGUGGUAUGAACAACAUGAACCAGAUGACAGGGCAGAUCAGCAUGACCUCAGCGACCUCUGUGCCUACAUCAGGGUUGUCCUCCAUGGGUCCUGAGCAGGUUAAUGAUCCUGCUAUGAGGGGAGGCAAUCUGUUUCCAAACCAGCUGCCUGGAAUGGAUAUGAUAAAGCCGGAUGGAGAUGCAACACGGAAAUAUUGCUGACCCUGAGGGUGGUGUGGUUGCUCCUUUCUCCAGCUGAGCGGGCGCCCGGCCCCACACCCUUCCCAGUUGGAGGAGCUGCACCCAUUUGUUGUGCCGCAGCCAUGCCGGCGCCCAGUGCCGCUGGGCCCAGCCCUGCUCUCCGCGGGGCCUCGUGCCGGGAGCAGCCUCCUCUUCGACAGUCUGAGGCUAUAGCGUACAGACAUUGCUCAGUCUGUUCACUGCAUUCACCUUAGUGCAACUUAGAUCUCUCCUGCGAAGUAAAUGUUGACAGGCAGUUUUCAUAAACCAUGUCAGAUUGAA